AUGUGGCGGUUGGUGCUGGCGGUUGGGCUGGGCGCGGCGCUCGAGGCGCUGCUGGACUGGCUGCUGGGGCGUCAGCGGGCGUCGUCGUCGCCGCCGCCGCCGCCGGUGAGCGAGGUCAUCUUCUUCCCCUCGAAGGUGACGUGCACGGAGGAGCUGCUGGCCGGGGUGCCUUGCGUGUGCCCGCUGCCGCACGACGAGAGCGCGCUGGGCCGCCUGCUGGCGCGCGUGCUCUCGGCGCGGCGCUCGCUCGACCUCUGCCUCUUCGCCUUCUCCAGCCCGCAGCUCGGCCGCGCCGUCAUCCUCCUGCACCGCCGCGGCGUCCGCAUCCGACUCGUCGUCGACGCCGAUUACAUGGCGCUGCGCGGCUCGCAGAUCGGCCCGCUGAGGACAGCCGGGAUUCAGGUACGCCACGAUCAGGACCUGGGCUACAUGCACCAUAAGUUUGCCAUCGUGGACGAGAAGGUGCUGAUCACGGGCUCUUUGAACUGGACCACCCAAGCCAUCCAGACCAACAGAGAGAACGUGCUGGUGUUGGAAGACCAGGCUUUGGUGAACAUCUUUCAAGCGGAAUUUGAAAAGAUUUGGGAAACCUACAAUCCUGCUAAUUAUACAUUUUUCUCUAAACAUGAGAAAACCAGGAUUGAAAAUGGAUAAAGUUAAUUACGGGACAAAAAUCUACUGCAUGGC